AUGGAUAACGGCACCAAUGAGGUUACUGUUGCGCCGGACAUUGGCGCGACUUAUGUCGACAAGGUUCUCCCCAUAAUCUACGCGUUCAUCGGUGUGUUUGGGAUGAUCGGCAACGGGCUUGUUUGCGUCACCUUCUUGAUCAAACGCCGCACCUUUGGGUCGGUCACCAAUCUUCUAAUUCUGAACCAGUCCAUGAUCGACCUGAUCGACUCCUUUCUGUUUCUGAUACUGCGAUUCGGGCCCCAAUUCCCCGAGAGAGGAGACGGUGAUGUUGUGACCGAGCUGGCGUGUCGAUUGUGGUUCUCCGAGUACAUUAUGUGGUCCCUGUUCAUCGCGUCCACUGUAAACCUCCUCUUCGUCUCGUUGGAGAGGUACUUCGCGAUUUGCCACGCCGUCAGACACCGGUCGUUGGUCACGACUCGUCGGGCUAACAUAGCCCGUCUACUGGCCUGGAUCAUCGGCUUCAGUUACCAGUCGUACUGGGCGGCCUUACAUAAAGUCACCUAUGGUCAAUGCUACGCUGUUUGGCCGAGCCCAGCUGCCCAAGCCGUUGGAGGCACGGUGUUCUUCUGUUGCGAGUACUUGAUUCCGCUCAGCAUCAUGACGUUCAGUUACGCCAACAUCAUUAAUACGUUACGAUCGAGAAGAAAGCGAGAUAACGCCAACGUAAACACAUUCCAACGGGCCAAACGUAACGUCACCUUCACGCUGUGUUUUGUGUUUGUGUCGUAUACGGUCUGCUGGACACCAACUGAGUUUGCUUAUCUUUUGUACAACAUGGGGAAGGACUACGAUUUCAGCAGCUCGAUGCAUUUCACUUUCACUGUGUUCGUUCUUCUGAAUAUGUGUAUCAAUCCACUGAUAUAUUUGUUUAAGUAUAAAAGGUUCCAGGGUGAGUUGAGGAAGCUAUUUUGCCGCUGUGUCCGGAGUAAUAAAGUUGGUGGAGCCGUGAUCACAGUGGCCCCGGUAGUUUCAACAGCUAAUGUAGCCGGUAUAUCAAAGGGCCCAUGGGGUGUGUAA